AUGAACGACACACCACCCAUCCCUAUCGCCAGCCAGGCUCAAGACAUCGACCUCGGCGAAUACCACAGCGACGGCACUGGGGAAGAAUGUUUCAACCUCGUCACGGUCAAACAUCAGACGGAAGAGUUUCUAGAGCACUUGACGCACGUCUUCAACACGCGUGGCUACGCACUGACUGCUUUUGGCCACUAUGUCAACUUUGUCAAGUCUUCACCCACGGGCUACACGGCAUACUGGCGCCAUCGUAGGUCCUAUGUACUUCCUGACGACCCGCAAUACCUCACCAUCGGCGAUAUCUACGUGUACGGACACCCAUCCAAGAAGCCCUUCAAGACAGUUGCACGCUUUGGACAGCACCUGGUCAGUAUCGUGCUGGGCGACCUGGAAAACUGCAAGUGUGAUCUUUGUGAUGGGACUGGUCCGCUGCCUCCGAAUCCUCGGUACCCUGCUGACCCUAACGUACCUGUUAUGCAAGGAGAUGGU